CCCUCGGCCGCCAUGCAGAACAACCACCAAAAGGAGCAUCUGUAUAAGAUCCUGGUGAUAGGGGACCUCGGGGUGGGCAAGACCAGCAUCAUCAAGCGCUACGUCCACCACAACUUCAGCCCCAACUACCGCGCCACCAUCGGCGUGGACUUCGCCCUCAAAGUGCUCAACUGGGACCAAGAGACGGUGCGACUACAGCUGUGGGACAUCGCAGGCCAGGAGAGGUUUGGCAACAUGACACGUGUUUACUACCGCGAGGCCAUGGGCGCCUUCAUCGUGUUUGACGUCACAAGGCCGGCCUCCUUCGAGGCCGUCACCAAGUGGAAAGAGGACCUUGACUCUAAACUGACACUUGCCAACGGGAAGCACGUGGCCACGGUGCUUCUGGCCAACAAAUGUGACCAGGCUCGGGAUGUGCUGACCAACAACGGGAUAAAAAUGGAGCAGUUCUGUGAGGAGCAUGGCUUCGUGGGGUGGUAUGAGACCUCAGCUAAGGAGAACAUCAACAUAGACGAAGCGGCCAACUGCUUGGUGAAGCACAUCAUUGCCAGUGAGAACGACCUGAUCCAAUCGGAGGUCCCCGACAUCGUCUCCCCCCAGUUAGAGAGGGGCGGGGGCGGGAGCUGCUCGUCCUGUUUCCGAGCUCAGUAACGGCCUCCUCCCUCGCACACCGCAGCACGGCGUGUGUUUGUGAAAGGGUUUCGAUCAACUUCUGCGGUUGUUACGGCGAGUGAGGAAGGCCCCCAGCACCCUCCUAGGAUGGUGCGGCAUCAUUUUGUUUUUGUUUUUUUGUCAUGUUUAUGUGUUUCUUAUUUUACGAGGAGCAAAGUGGGA